UGUAUGAGGUGUGUAAUGAAGACACAGUGCGCCGUGGUUUUUACCUAACCUAUUUCCAUUGACUAUAUCCCAAGAAUUACCUAACACUCUCCUCUCUAUAAUCCUCUCUAUAAAUCCUCAAAUAAUGACGAUCAUAUCCCAAAGCAGGUAAAAAUUACAAGUCAUCAGAUGAAUUUUUAAUUAUCCUCUGCCUGCAUGAGGAGUAUCCAUUUCAUGACAACAGUUAAAUCGCCGAGAAUUCUAUGAAUUCAAGAGAAAAACAUUACGAUGUUGUUGAGAUUGAUGUCAUCCGGUGCAAUACUGAGCCUGAAAAGAUUCACAGUAACUCGAAAAUGUGUUUUUCACUCGUGGAGAUGUGGAAAUCGCUCGAGCCCGGGGAUUCACAGGGCUCAGGGCUUGCUGAUGGGUCUGAGGUUCAGGACAAUUGAUGCAGUCAAGGGGAAUGUCCUGGAGACUAGUCUGAAGACCCAGAAGAAGUCUGAGCUCAAGAGGCUCUUCUCUCUAGCAAAACCAGAGAAGUGGAAGCUCACUGGUGCAAUUUGUCUGCUCUUCGUGUCGUCGACGGUAACGAUGGCGAUGCCCUUCUGCCUGGGAAAGGUAAUCGAUGUCAUCUACACAGAGGACAAGCAGCAGACAAGGGAGAACUUGAAUAAACUUAGUUUGGCACUGCUGACGGUUUUCAUCGUUGGGGGUAUUUGUAAUUUCGGGAGGAUCUACCUCAUGAGCACAUCUGGUCACAGGAUCACUCAGUCCUUGAGGAGAAAAGCUUAUUCCUCCAUCCUCAGCCAGGAAACUGCCAUGUUCGACAAGGUCAGCACUGGAGAACUCGUGGGACGACUGACAGGUGAUGCCCAAUUGGUGUCUUCAGCAGUGACGAGCAAUAUUUCCGAUGGUCUACGCUCGUCAAUAAUGACAGCAGCAGGUGUUUCCAUGAUGUUUUACGUUUCUCCUCAGCUGGCAUUCGUGGGGCUGGCGAUGGUGCCCCCGAUAGUGGGUCUGGCGAUAGUCUACGGUCGUUUCAUUAAAAAAAUAUCCAAGGAAGUCCAGAACAGUCUCGCAGUGUUGAAUACCACAGCUGAGGAACGCAUCGGCAAUAUCAGAACGGUAAAGGCAUUUGCCCAGGAGUCCAAUGAGAUCAAGAGGUACAGUAAAAGGCUCGAGGAACUGCUGUCCCUCUGCUACGCCGAGAGCUGGUACCGAGGAGUUUUUUUCGGUCUCACGGGCUUCUCAGGGUAUGUCAUCAUCCUCUCAGUUCUCUAUUAUGGGGGUGUCAUGCUGGCUGAGUCAGCCAUAACUGUGGGAAAUCUCUCGGCUUUUCUCCUGUACGCCGCCUACACAGGAAUUUCUAUCAACGGAAUUUCAAAUUUUUACACUGAGUUGAAUAGAGCCCUUGGGGCUAGCUCGAGGCUCUUCGAGUUUAUCGAUCGUCAACCUGGGAUUCCAGCCUCUGGGGGAGUUGUCCUGGAUCGGCCACUGACUGGGGAGAUAUCCUUCAGUCAAAUUGAUUUUACUUAUCCCAGCAGGGAGGGCUGCUGGAUCCUCAGGGAUUUUUCUCUUCAUCUGAAGAGCUCGUCGAUUAAUGCCAUCGUUGGGCCCUCGGGCUCCGGCAAAUCAACUGUUGCUCUUCUACUUCUUAGGCUUUAUGAUCCCAAUUGUGGCAGGGUGAUGCUCGACGGGCAUGAUCUCAAGCAGCUCGAUCCUGUCUGGGUGAAGGGACAGAUUGGUUUCGUAUCGCAGGAGCCUGUACUCUUCUCGGGCACCAUCAGGGAGAAUAUCAGCUAUGGCAGGGAGGAUGCCAAUGAGCAAGACGUAAUUGAUGCUGCCAGGAUGGCUAAUGUCCUUGAGUUCACCCAGAGGAUGACCAAUGGACUCGAUACAAUCGUCGGGGAGAGGGGCAUCACUCUCAGUGGAGGACAGAGACAACGAGUUGCCAUUGCUCGGGCUCUUAUAAAAAAUCCAAAAAUCUUGAUAUUGGACGAGGCAACGAGUGCUCUGGAUGCUGAGAGUGAGAGCUACGUCCAGGAGGCCCUGGAACGUGCAACACAAGGUCGAACAGUCCUGACAAUAGCCCACAGACUGAGCACAAUAAAAAAUGCUGAUAAAAUCGCAGUUCUCGAUCAGGGAAAAGUCACUGAGACUGGAACCUACAAUGAGCUAAUGCAGAUAGAGGAUGGGAUUUUUAAACGCCUGGUUAAGCAUCAAACCUUCAGCUGAGUGUUUCAGAAACAGGUUAAAGUUUCAAGGCUGUUAAAGAAAUGUAAAUUUUGUCUAUAUAAACGAGGUAUGAGAGGUAGAAGGAUGAAUUGAUUAUUAAAAAUUAAUUUCAAGGGAAUGAUAGACUCUUCUUAUUAUAAUUAGUUGCAUAUAUUUUGCUAUAAAAUAAUAUACACAGCUAUCUUAAAUUAUUCAUACCUUUAGUCCUACAAUUUUCGUGUUUUCGUGUGUUUUGCUCCAAUUUCAACUUAAUCCUAGGGUGAAUGUUUACCACGUCACAAAUGGCUGUUGGUUUCAUUCUCAUCUCCAUUUACUCCUUUCUUUCGAUACAUUCUUUCAUACGUCUGAUUCUCUAUUCCAUGCAAACGAUUUCGAUCGAUGAAAGAAAUUGGGAAUUCCGGAGCGAAGGGUAUCACGUAAUUUCAGUAAACAGGUAAGUUUUUGGAAAAUAUGUCUCGAUCUGAGAGACACAGCGAAAUUUAUGUGAGACCUUUUUUACAGCUUUCAGUUUCCUCCGCGAAAAAAGUUUUAACAAAAUUUUCGCUAUCUCUCGGUGAUUUCGAGAUAUUCGUCAAAAACCGCGACUAGGAAAAAGUCAACUUAUCACCCUUUACCCCUUCGCCACUGAAUUAAAAUAUUGAUUACACCUCAAGCAAUAAAUUCACUGUUGAACUUUAUUAAUCGUUGCAUUAUCCCAGUGACGAGUGGUUCUAGGGAAAAAUCUGAGACUUUACUUUCCAUUUUUAUUUGGCAUUUUUGGAAAUUCCCGGUUUGGAGACAAUCGCAAUAAUUCACAAGGAUAAAAAAUUCGAUUCAUUACGUUUAACACUGAAAUCAUGAAUUAUUAUUCACGAUUCUCCCUGACAAGUUCGAAAAAUCUCACGACAGUUAAAAAAUUCGAUUGAAUUCACUCACGUAUCCAUCCACAUCAAUGAAACAUUCUAAUAACGAGUAGGCAGUGUUCAUCUCGACGUUUCACCAGAAUACAAAUUUACAUUAUCAUUAUCGAGGGAGAGAGGGAUUGAUAUCUCGACAAGUAUGAAAAAUUGUACCAAAAUAAUUCAA